UACUUUGAGUUUAUUUGCUGCAAAUGUGAUAUUUGCCCAUCUUUUAUUUGAAUGUCCCUCGAAAGCAUUAAAAAUGUUGGAUGACGGAUUCCAAAAAGCAGCUGAGUCUAUAUGGAUAAAAAGGAACAUGACUUCAAAAGUGACCUUUAAAAAUAUUCAUGCCAGACUAACUGCUCUGCCAAAUUUGCCUGAAAUUUACAGGCGUAUAUUUCCAAAUUGUUCUGAUGCUGGACAAUUUAUGUGUUUGUGCGGGACUGUGAUACGUACUACUGCACCAAGGCUUCUGGAAUACAAGAAAUUGUGGAAAUGCACCAAAUGUAAGCACUCAUUUACAAUAGAAGCUGAAGUAAAUCAAUAUUAUGUUUCUGAGAAACCAACAGCAUGUCCUAAUCCUGAAUGGUGUAAUAACAAGAGCUUCACUUUGUUGAGUAGAGAUAUUGAUCCAUUAUGUUGUAAAGAUUAUCAAGAAAUGAAAAUACAAGAGCAAGCCUACAAUUUAAGUAUUGGAUCCAUUCCUCAAUCAAUGUGCAUUAUUCUAGAAGAUGACCUGGUUGAUAACUGUCAAGCAGGAAAUGAUGUUAUAAUAAGUGGAGUUUUGAUUCAAAGAUGGAAACCAUUAGUAAAAGGAAAAUUUAUUGACAUUGAGUUGGUCUUGUUUGCUCAUAACGUUGAAGUGAAAAAUAAAUUGAUGCCAGAUGUUGUUUCUGAAAAUUUGGUGAAUGAAUUUGGCCUAUUUUGGAUGGAAAACAAAUAUGACCCACUGAAGGGGCGAGAUUUCAUUCUGUCCUCUAUUUGUCCUCAAAUAUUUGGUUUGUACAUUGUAAAGCUAGCUGUAGCUCUGAUACUAGCAGGUGGAGUAGAGAAAAAAGAUGAAAAUUCAAGAAUCAGGGGUGAUUCUCAUCUCUUGUUGGUCGGAGACCCAGGUACAGGAAAGUCACAGUUCUUGAAAUUUGCUUCUAAAGUGUCUAUGAGGUCAGUGCUGACAUCCGGUAUUGGUACUACAAAUGCUGGAUUAACAGUUUCAGCUGUAAAAGAAAGUGGAAAAUGGCAAUUAGAAGCUGGCGCUCUUGUACUUGCAGAUGGAGGUAUUUGUUGUAUUGAUGAAUUCAGUUGCAUUAAAGAAAAUGAUAAAACUUGUAUACAUGAAGCCAUGGAGCAACAGACCAUCAGUGUUGCCAAGGCUGGACUUGUAUGCAGGUUGAGUACAAGAUGUUCUAUUCUUGCUGCAACUAAUCCAAAAGGAAAAUAUGAUAACCAGCUUAGUUUGUCUGAAAAUACUGCUUUAGGGAGUCCCCUUCUUAGUCGAUUUGACAUAAUUCUAGUUCUUCUGGAUACCUAUGAUGAGAAAUGGGAUGAUAUGGUGGCUUCAUACAUCUUAGAGGGAUCAAAUGUGUUAGAUCAAAAGAAGAGUAGUUCAGUGUGGCCAAUAUCAAAGAUAAGGAAUUAUUUCAGUUUGAUUCGCUAUAUCAAACCAAAAGUGACACCAGCUUGUGAAAAAGUCUUACAGACAUAUUAUACACGACAAAGAAGUUUGGCAGAAAGAAAUUAUGCUAGGACAACUCCUAGAUUAUUACAAAGUCUUAUAAGGCUAGCUGAAGGUCAUGCAAGGUUGAUGUUUCGUUAUGAAGUUCUAGUAGUUGAUGCAAUUGUUGCAAUUCUAUUGGUUGAAUCGUCAAUGUCUGAAUCUUCUAUAUUAUCUGGAUUAAGCUCUCUUCACACUUCUUUUCCUGAUGAUCCGAAUUUGGAAUAUGCAAAAAAUGCCAAAACUAUUUUGGAGCUGUUAAAACUUGAAAAUCUAUUGAAAGAGUCCAAAAACUACAGAGAUGGCAUAAAUCUUCAACAACUUUUAUUAGAUAUAAAUGGAACUUCUAGUUCCCAGAGCACUUCAGCAGUUUCAUCUUCAUAUCAUGCUGCUUCUCACUCUUCUGCUAAUGGGCAAAGUGCUUAUGAGAACAAAGAACAACAGUAUUGUUUUAGUCCUCAAAAUAACACUCAUCCAAAUGCUGCAGAUGACGAAUGCCCAAAAAUUAUUCAGGAACUUAUUGCAUCUUUUAAUGAGGAGACACCAAAAAAUUCUGAUACAGAAAUACUAAGACAUGGUCUGGUUAACAUAGGUCUGGAAGAUUACAAAAAUGAUGAAGUGUCCACAUUAGCUGAUUUAAAUAACAUUUUUCAUGAAAAUUUUAUAGCAUCGGAUGCUACCUCUGAAAGUUUUGGGAAAAUAUUUACGAAGAAAACUUCUCCCCAAUCUACUUCAAAUACUUUGCAAAAGCAAUGUGCAGAGAAUUCUGGCUACCAACAAAAUCCGAAAGCUACAGAAGCACCUAUAGCUUCUUCUGGGAGAUCUUUUCCUUCUUUUGGAAGAUCUCCCCCAAAGAAAAAAAUGCUGUUGCAUGAGGUGUCUGAAUUGAAAACUGCCAAAUUUAACGAGAUCAGGAACCAAAAUGAAAACAAAACCUCUUUGGACAGCAGUUUAAUAAUUAGUGCAAUAAACAAUAGUCAUCAAUCAAACAAUAGCAGGCCAUCAACUAGCUUGUUACAGCAAAAACUAUCAAAUAAUAACUGGCCAUCAACUAGCUUGUUACAGCAAAAUCUACCACCAGAAACAGCUCAAAUCAAAUGUAAGAUUAUUGAAGGAGCAUGUAUUCAGUCUGUUGAAAGACACGAGCAUGAAAUGUCACCGAAUGACUCUGCUAAAAGCGAAUAUUUUGAGCCAGUCGAUAACGUUCGUCCACAUUUUUUUAAAAGAAAACAUUCAAUGACUGCAACAAAUAGUUCCCUAUCAAGACAGCAUCACGAACCUCCAAACGAAGAAAAUCAGGUAAAUAAGAGUGCAGAGGCUGAAGGCAGAGAUUUUGAGCACAAGUCAGAAAUAUCUAAAGGUGCGAACCUUAAACACCAAGAAACAUUUUCCAAAAAAGAAACUAGCACGACUUUAGUUUCGAAAGGUUUUGAUUUUAAUUCAAAUACCUCAAAAUUAACCUUGCGGAAAGCUAUACCACUAAAUUAUUCAACAGCUUUGAAAUCUUUGCCAAUAGAUAAUAAUUCAGUUAGUGAAAAACAUAACUCUUCUGUCAAUGAUGAUUUUCUGUCAAGUGUAAAAAAUAAAUUAGCAAAAUAUGCUAUACAAAAAGAUAAAAGCAAAGAUACUGAUAAAAUAUGCCAACCAGGCCCUUCCAAUAUUGUUAAGGCUGAACCGCAUGCACAGGAUGCUGUAAAGAACAAUGAUUCACCACAAAUACCUCAUACUUCGAGAGCCAGAAUUUUACAAAAACCAUGGGUCAAAAACAUAAAAGAGACACUUGUAGAAACUACAAUCAAUACAGCUAGUAAGGAACGACAAUUAAUUGACUGUAGUAAUAGACUGAUCCAACCUUCACAGUUUUCUCAAGCAACUUUUAAAAGAGUUUUUACAGAUGCAGUUGACAUACCAGACAACAAUAUAUUUGAUGAUUUGGACAUUGAGGAAUUGUUUGAUAUUGCAUAAUUAUUUAUUGUUGUGUCAAUUUAUUUAUUAAUUUUCUUAGUUAAAACAUUUUUACAAUUUAUUUGUUAUAAGCUUUUUGAUUCCUAGAAUACUUACCGUUUUUUGACGGUAGACCAUUCACAUUUUGUAAUUACAGUAAAUCUUUCUUAUUUGUCAUUUUCAGUCGCUGUGAUGCAUUUUUAAGUUAAUUCAAUGCGAAAUAUAAAUUCACUUCUUCA